AUGCUAUUAAAUCCAACGCAUCCAACAACAAAUACCAUUAAAUUACCUCCAAUGGGUCAGUUAUCAAUAAUCGCAAAAAAUUCUUGGAAUAAAGAACCACAAGAGGUAAAAAAUUUUUACAAUAAUCUAGCUAAAGAAGCUAGAUUAUUGUAUAAGCAAAACACUUUUCAAAUCAUAUUUGAUAAACGAAUGAAUGAAGUUGAAAAUGACCAAGGAAACGGGCAGGUUGCACCUUUGCAUGUGAAAGGUGAAAUUUUUGCGGCAGAUUUGGGUUAUGCCGAUAGUACCCAAACUAAAGAUGUUGAGACUAUGUUCGAUGCGCAAAACUCGUCAAAUGGAUUUCUUAAGAUUGUGGAUUCUACUGUCGAUGCUAUGGAUUCUUGA